GCUUAUCUGAAGACUAACCAUGUGUUAUCUUUGAGAAUGGGAGGGAGCGGAUCCAAAGCCAAAGGAGCCUGGUUGUUCCCAGGCACCGGAGCGGGAGGAGAGUCGGCCAGCGAUGGGAGUGAACAGUCUUUGGCUCGACUUAAAGGCUCCAGAAAUGCUACACCGUUUGUUUUUACUAGAAGAAGUUCUCUGUUCUACGAUGAGGACGGCGACCUCGCACAUGAAUUUUACGAAGAGACUGUGGUGACAAAAAAUGGCCGAAAAAAGUUCAAGUUGAGGAGGAUCCAGAAGAAUUUGAUUCCACAGGGGAUCAUAAAGCUGGACCUCCCCUGUAUCCACGUGGACUUUCCCAUCAUCCUCUGUGAGCUUUGAGGCGUUGCACAGGACUGGAGUCAGACGACAGG